UUUACAGAGACUCAUCGGAACAAAGCCGAAAUUUUCAAGGUUUCGACAUAAAAUUGGAUAAAAUCCUCCCAAAUUAAAGGAUUGGUGACAGCUGACCUUAUUUUGACUAUGAGAAAAAUAUGGAGCAGAGACCCACUCUAUAUCAGAAAAUGCCUUGAAGUUCCAAAAAAUGACAGUAUUUGCAGGUUUUGAUGUUUGAUCCAUGGUACACCAGACAAUAUGAGUGGCAUUUAUUGACCUCAGGCUUUCACUCAACCUGCAAGAAACAAGGAAAAAUAGGUCAAUAUUUGGCUCUAUACAAUGACUUCCCCAGAAAAUUCUUGUGACAAUGUUAACAUCAUGAGCAAGUGUGGAUCAUGUCGAAAGUUGUUCAACAGAGAAGGUAACUUGGAUGUGGAUACAGAAUCAGACAGUGAAUUUCAGUGUGCAACAUGUGGAGAGAUCUUCUCGAGAGCUGCAGAACUGGACGUUCAUGCUACAGAUCAUCCGUUAGAUGAGGGAGUGCUGUGUGAAAUUUGCAGUAAGUUGGAUCGGAUCUGCAAGUCUGUGAGUAAAGAACUGGUUGAUAUGAUGGGAAAGAAAGGAGCUGAAGAAGCGGGAGCAGUUCCAUUCCCACGGAGUAGCACCGCUCCUCGAAGUGGCUCGCAAGCGGGUAAAAAGUUGAGUGUUUGUAGCCUCUGUGGAGAGACAUUUGUAGAAGCUAAGGAUCUAGAGAGUCACUUGAUCAUACACAACAUCAAAGAGUCGUACAACCGCAAAGUGGAAAAGUCUGCCAAGAAACCGGACGGAAAAGGUUUCACCUGCGAUGUAUGCGGCAAAGAUUUUCUUCAUUUAUCAAGACUGAAAGUGCACAAGAAAACUCAUACUGGGGAAAAGCGAUUCAAGUGCGAAGUGUGUGAUAAAGGAUUUUACUUCAUGUCACACAAAAAAACACACAUGCGGACACACAAAGGAGAGAAGAGAUAUGACUGUGAAGUGUGUAAUAAGAGGUUCUAUUUCAUGUCACACAUGCAGACUCAUAUGCGAACACACACAGGAGACAAGCCGUAUGAAUGUGACUUGUGCGGCAAAUCUUUUAGUCUUCAAUGUAACCUUCAGCGACACAAGAGAACACAUUUUGGAGUUAAACGGUACAAGUGUGAAAUAUGUGGCAAAGAAAUCGCAGAACAUUCAGGAUUUCAAGUUCACAUGCGCAUGCAUUCUGGAUUAAAGCCAUACAAAUGUGAUGUGUGUGGAAAGGAAUUCAGUCAGACUGCUCAUGUUCAACGUCACAUGUUCAUUCACACCAACGAAAAACCUUACUCUUGUCAGUUGUGUGGGAAAAACUUCCGUUGGACUGCUGAUUUGCAAAGACAUCAUCGAACACACACAGGCGAAAAACCGUACAAGUGUGACGUGUGUGAUAAAACAUUCUAUCAUGCCUCCGGACUAAGAAUUCAUUCAAGGACUCAUACAGGCGAAAAACCCUACAACUGCAAUGUCUGUGGGAAGUCAUUCAGCCAGGCAUCGAACUUAAAAACACAUGUUGGCAAACACAAGAAUUUUGUGUGCGGUCUGUGUGACGAGGGAUUUCCCGACUCAGAGAAGCUGACGUCCCACAUGGUCAGUCACACUUCUUCAGGGGAUCCCCCACAGAUAGAAGAAUUACAACCCUGUAGUGUUGAGUCUACAACAGAACCACAAUGAAUUGACCUACAAGACAAUAACCUUUAUAGCUGUGAACAGAUUGAUCAUUGAUAUAUUUACCAUUCAUAAAACCCUACUUGUGCAUCAUGUGCAUGCAUGUUACAUGUACUAUAAUACAUGUGAUAGUAUGUACAGGUAUUACAUUGUACAUUUUUAUACAUUCAUGUUAAAUACAGAUUGGUUCAGAUGCAGUUUGUAAUAUGUUCUAUUACCCUCAGCAUUAGCAACACACUUUGCAACGGGUAACACAACGAAUUAUUACAUGCUCAUAAAUUACAUAUGUACGGUGUGCCGUAGAAUUCACGUUAUAGAAGUCAGUAAAGUUUCCUUUAAAAUUAAGACAUUCAGUAUAGUAAAAUUACUAAAAUAUUUUUAUAAAUAGUGCCUGUUUGGGAGGGCAACAGUUGAAAUUGACACCCCUCAAAACCCAUUGUCAACCCCUGCUUUGAGUCAGUUGACAAUGGUUUUCUCAAGGUGUCAAUUUGAACUGCUACUCUCCCAAACAGGCACUAUUUAUAAAUUGUAAAUAUUUUGCAUCUUGCAAUUCAUAGAUUUUUAAAUCACACUUUACUAUGUAGAAUUUGUUAAAAGUGCACAUAAGGUGGUAUGGGACACCUCCAUAUUGUGACAUAUUUCAAAAUCAACUAUAUUUCACAAUUUUGUCUUUCCCAAAAUUGUUACACUGUCCCUAACAGCGUUGUGCAAUGGGUUGAGAGUAGAUCUGUACAAACCUUGAAGUCAUGAGUUCGAAUCCUACUUGAGCUUUUAUAAUUUUAAUCUUUCUAGUACCGGUAUAAGGGGUUUUAUCCAAAUUGAUAUUGACAGGUGUCCCACACCUUGAUA